UUUGCCUGCGCAAAACGCUGAAAAGAAACGGUUUUUUGCAGGUACAUAGAACGUAUAGUAACGAUUUGUGCUGUACCAGGCCAGAAAUUAGAAUCAACUUUGUCUUAAUUUUCAUUUUAUCGACGUAAUGUCUAACGACAGUACUAGUGGUGAUGAUUCGGAAGUGUACUUCGGAACACCAACGAUCAAAGAAAUGAAGCGGUAUUUCAGAAAAUUACAAAAUCGUGCAUUCAACCAGUCGGAUAUUAUGCCGGAAACAACCGAUGAAUCAUCCUCUGAAUUGGACGAGAGUUUUCAUGUUAUGAUUGAACGAAAACGGCAAGAACUUCUCAAAUGUAAAGAAAAUAAAACAAAACUUGAAGAGAAUUCAUUUUCUGCAUCCCAAGUUUCCGGUUGCGGCGAUACCAAUUCAGUGUUUGUUGGUGAUGAUUCUACGUUUAUAGAACAGGAUUCAAUGUUCAAAACAACCGAUGAGAGUUUCGAAGCAAUGGAAAAACUUUGCUCAAUGGACCAAAGUAAGAUUGGGUGCAACCAAGAUCAGAUUCAGAAAGAAGAAGAAGCUAUACGACGAAUUCUAGAAGUUGGACUAAAUGAAAAUGCAAUUAAAGAUGUUCAACAGAAGAAGGGCAACGUUUCAAUGUGUCUUGGUGAUGUCACUCAACUAGAAGACAUUGAAGAACCAUCGUGUAUGUGGGAUCAGUCAAUCUUGCCAGGUGGAUCUGGGACAACAAAGGCUCUUUCACCUAUGAAACGAGUUCAUAUGCUCAGACCAUCUACUAUCCUGGAAGAACAAACAAUUAAUGAGAGUAGUGUAAGCAACAACUCUAAGAAUACAUCACUGGAUAGCUACAUUACUGCGAAACAAACAUGGAAUGGAAGUGAGAAUUGUUCAAUAGUUACUGGCAGUGAAGUGUAUCGCACAGCUGAUGAAGGAAGUGACAGAAAAUCUGAUGUCAAUAGUACAGGUGAUUCAGCCAUCGGCUUUGAUGCAACGGCCAACAAAACAAGCAUAGAGAAGAGCGUUACUAAUGCGAACGCGGUUGUUUCUCAAGAGAGUGAUUACGAAGAAGAUCAUGACGUAAUUAUCUUGAGUUCCAGCGAAAGCGAAGAAGAUGAUGAUACUCCAGUUGAGAAUUACAUGUUGGAAGAAGACGCGCACUUGGAUACAGGAACCACGUUCAACAAUAGUGGCAGUUUGCAGGAGAACUCUCUCUGUAGAGAUGAUGGGGACAUUGUUGAAGAUUCCUGUUCACCUUUAUUAGAUGCAAUCCCGGAUCAUUUUAACGAUACUUUAGAAGAAAUGGAAUUUAUGAUGCGUCAGGGUAUGAAAAUCAUGCAACAGCAGAAAGCUCAAAAACAACAGGAACACGAAAGACAGGCAAACGGCAGUUCGAAUUCAUCCAGCGUUCAAAAAUCUCGUACCGUUCCUCACAUAAGUCCGUUUACUCCUGCUAGCCCUAAACAGUAUCUUAAACCAAUACAGUCUAACACGUCCAACUGUAAACAAACUCUUUUUUCUCAUAGCGCAAACAAGCUCUAUUCGACCCAAAAACCAAGUUCCGCACCGUCCUCUGGUUCCAACAGCUGUGGCAAUUUUAAGAAACCAGUCAGUCGAUUUCCACUACCGAAAUCAGCUAAAAAGUUCGAUCACAUCGUAUCACCUAUUGGAGCUUAUAUUAAUCGUACACCGCAAACGGCGCUACAGUCUCGUAUCUUCUGUCCAAAUCAAAAUUUGAUUGAUGUGUUGCACAGCAAAGUAGAAAAUCGAGAAAGUGCGAUGAAUACAAAGGAAAACUUCUACCAACCCGAGGUGGAUCCAGCAACCUACAGUUCAUCUUUGCCGCGGAAGGGUGUUGUAAGUUCCCGUGGUGCACAUGUUUUAGAUGAACGACAUACCGUGAGAAUCCCUGGUGGAGAAAAGAUGCACAAAUUAUUGAAUAAUUCGCCGACGAUGGUUAUUCGACAUGAAGGAAGACUGAAAUAUCAACGGGAAAUGCAGUUGACGGACGAUAGUGUGGCGGACGAUAGCAUGGCAGAUCUGUCGGUGGCAUCUGGGGAUGUUUCAGUACGUGUGCUGAAGGAUGUUAGACGCUUCUAACCUAACAGCUUGGCGAGUAGGUAACGUAUGUUCGAUGUAGUCAUGUUAAUGUCGGCGUUGAAAUGCUAUUGCCGAAGGCAAGUUUUUAAUCUGGAUAUUUUACUUCAAUGCGAAUCGUAUGGAUUUUCUAGGUUAUUGAAGUGUUUUUACCUGUAAUAUUAUAAAAUAAUCAGUCGUUCUUGUAAUUCAAAAAAAUAUAUGUAAAAAGAGAACAAAUGAGUUAAAGGAGAUAAA